UCAAAUAAAAUGUUGACCUAGCCCUAACUGUACGAAAUCAAAGCAAGAAUGGAGGUGCUAUGGAGGAUCUUCGAAUUCAUCGUCAUCGUAGCUCUGAUUCUCGCUUUAGCGUUAGUCGCUGCGAUUGUAUUCGAAGCUUUCAGAAGAAGAUUCAAUCACACUCAUCUAGAAGGUCAUCCGAUCUUCGAGGAUCCAAAUUCAUCGAAACAGGUUCCAUGUCCUUCCAUUUUUGAUCCAGCAGAGAAGUACAUAUCUUUGAUAAUUCCUGCAUUCAAUGAAGAGCACAGGCUUCCAGGAGCUCUUGAUGAAACCCUGAAUUAUCUUCAAAAACGUGCAGCAAAGGACAAGUCUUUUUCUUAUGAGGUACUUAUUGUUGAUGACGGAAGUGCUGAUGGAACAAAGAAGGUAGCUUUUGACUUUGUGAGGAAAUACACUGUAGACAAUGUAAGGGUUAUCCUUCUUGGAAGAAAUCAUGGCAAGGGAGAAGCUAUUAGAAAAGGAAUGCUUCAUUCACGUGGUGAACUACUUCUGAUGCUGGAUGCUGAUGGAGCAACAAAGGUUAAUGACUUAGAAAAACUCGAGAAACAGAUACAAACAGUUGCUAGAAAGGAACUUGGGGAUUCAGCAGUCAGUGAUUCCACCUUAAGAAUUUCAGAUAUUCCAUUGGCAGCAUUUGGUUCUCGUGCACAUCUUGAGGAGAAGGCUUUAGCUACAAGGAAGUGGUAUCGCAACUUUCUAAUGAAGGGUUUCCAUGUUGUGGUCCUCUUGGCUGCUGGACCUGGAAUUCGUGACACUCAGUGUGGUUUUAAGAUGUUCACUAGAGCUGCUGCACGGAAGCUGUUCACAAACAUCCGUUUGAAGAGGUGGUGCUUUGAUGUCGAGUUAGUCUAUUUAUGCAAAUUUUUUAGGAUCCCCAUGAUCGAGAUAUCUGUAAGCUGGUCUGAAAUUCCCGGAUCCAAGGUGAAUCCAUUAAGCAUUCCCAACAUGCUCUGGGAGAUGGUACUCAUGUCUGUGGGAUAUAGGACCGGCAUCUGGAAAAUUUGUAACUGAGAUCCCGAGCCUUCCCAUUUGGAGAACAACCAUGCUCCUUUUUAACUGUCAUUUUGAUUCACUUCAAUGCAGGAAGAAGAAAGAAGUUGUAGGAUGUACACCUUUUUAACCACACUUGCAAUUAAAAUAGGUUGCAGCUUUCCCAAGUUUGUUUAUGCAAACCAUUGUUUGGCAUCAUGCCUCUGUUUUGUAGAAUUAUCCGUGGAAGAGGUUUCUCAGAAAUUGUUUUCGGCCAAAACAUAAUUAGUGUUAGUUAUCAUUUGAUUUUUGUUGAUUGUAGGCUAAAUUCAUUGUCAAAGUUAAAUAUAAUGAUGUGGCAAGAGAAGACAUGAAUAUUUUUCUUUGAUUUAUCCAUCUUAGAAUAUAGUUAUCAAAUUGAUGGUUGAGAUAGCA